AUGCACGGUUCAGCGAUCACGUCUGCGUCAGGUGCCAUCCCAAUACGUAUAAAGAACUUCUUGAAGGUUCAUUCUGCACAGUCUGCCCGCACGGGCACAUCUCCGGCGAAGGGGCAACUGGUUGCGUCCAAGCAGUCAGUGGCCAUUUCAUUUCCUCGUACGACAUCAUCACGCCUUCAACUCGGAUACUUCAAGGACCAGGCACACUUAGAGCUGUUGGAUCCGCUUACGCUGUACGAUUGUCCGCCAGGCUUCGCCAUCGGGGAAGACCAGCAAUGUUGGGAAGUUGACCGGUCAAAGUACUCUCUGGGUAAAAACGCGAUGGUCUGCCAAGGUGGUGUCUUCCAUCGGACUCUCAUGGACAGGUGCACGCCAUGCCCACCAGGUUUCUCGUGCCACGUGGAGGAGAAGUACACAUCUUGGUUAACUCGCUGUCAGCCUGGUUCAGCCAGCUAUCUCGGAGAUGCUGAAUGCGUGAAGUGCCGCGCUGGGUAUUUUUGCCCUGGAUACAUGGAACCCUUCUGGCAACCACCUCUCAGGAGGUUCCCCGGGUGGUAUGAAUCUGGGUAUCAGAGCAGCACGUCCGCGGAAGUGAGAAAGUUUCGUCUGCAGAUGCAGGGCUACUGCGGAAUGGGGACAUACGGACGUCUCUAUGUAGACGUGAUAGGCCGUCCUGGAGAAUACUACGCCACUUACAACUCGACAUGCGCAACCUGUCCGCCUGGAACUUUCUGCUAUGAUGUUGGGAUUGUGAAUUUUCAAGCAUAUAAGUGCCCCGCAGGUCACUACUGCCUGGGGUCUGAUUCAAUUCCAGUUCCAUGCCCGCCAGGGAAGUACAACCCGUUUCGGGGAGCCAUGUCAAGCAACGCUUGUAUGACGUGCCCCGACGGCUUCGAUUGCGAAACCUUACGACAGAAAAUUGAGCCCGAGCUCUGCCCUCCUGGGUUCAUCUGUCCUUUCGGGCGGAAGAAAAUUGCUUGUCCUGCAGGCACAGUGAACCCCCUUCCAGGCCAGUCUGCCCUUGAGCAAUGCGAACGGUGCCCGGCCGGAUACUACUGUCCAAAUAAAGCAGGAAAGCCAAAACCGUGUCCAUCUGGAACGUACAACCCGUUUGAAGGGGCUUCAAGCAGCACCGAAUGUGUGCCGUGUCCUCUCGGCUUUCAGUGUGAUACUCCAGGGGCCGUCUACUAUACGAACAGGUGUUCUGCUGGAGGAUACUGCAAUGCAGCGGGUGCGUCGCCGACCUUAUGUCCAGAAGGAACUUGGAAACCCGGAUACUUCGGGAACUCCCUGAUGCACUGUCAUGUAUGCCCGCCUGGAGCGCAAUGCAAGCAGGGCACAACCGCUGCCACAGUUGAAAAGUGUCCUCGAGGCUCGUUUUGUUCCUCAGGACUCGUCGUGUCAUGCCCACCGGGAACAUUUUCCGAAAGCUCUUCCUUGCGAAGUCCCCAGGACUGUGCGCCCUGCGAACCGGGCAACUACUGCCCGACCUCAGCAAAAAAGGCUCCUUGCCCUCCAGGACAUUAUUGCCCUGCUGGGCAAGCUAAGCCUAUACCUUGUCCACAAGGGACCUAUACAGGGUCAACCAGAGCCAAAAACCGACAGGGUUGUCUCCCGUGCACGGCAGGGCAUAUGUGCCCUGGCGGAACAGUAGUUCCCCAAAAGUGUCCACCAGGCACCUACCUGAAGGUCGAAACAGGCAGUGACGGGCUGAGAAAACAAGAAAUAUGCGCACCCUGCGAGCCUGGCAAUUCCUGCAAAGAUGGAUUCCCUGUCCCAUGUGGAAAAGGAUACUAUUCUGGUCCAGGCCAAAACGACUGCGAUGAGUGCCCUGAGGGAUUUUACUGCCCCCUCGAAAAGACGACAAAAUACCUUCUGCGGGUGUAUCGAUGCCCGGAUAGCCACCACUGUCCUAAAACAGGAACCGGACUGUUGCCUUUAAACGUGCGCUUGAGACAGACCAUGGAAUCGCCCUCCAGGCGACUCUCAUUGUUAAGAAGCCGGUUCGGGGCGCGGCGUCACUUGAUGGAACCGCUUUCAUCUAGUGUACCGGCUGCACUAAGUGACCCAGUCCCUCGUAAGCCCGUUCCUUGUCCAAAGGGCCACUUCUGCACAAGGGCUUCGGCAAACGCCGUGCCGUGUCCUCCUGGCACCUACAACGCCUUACGAGGACAAAAGGAUUCUUCAGCCUGCUUGCCCGUACGAGCGGGACAUUUCUGUGACCUUGGGGCUUGCGACAGCAAAGAGGGCAACGGCCAGUGCAGCAAGGGGCACUAUUGUCCGGAGGGAUCAACAUCGAGCAAGCAAAUUCCGUGUCCAUCAGGCACGUACCGGUCUACAGAGGGGGCCCGUGGGGUGUCGGACUGCUGGCUUUGCAAAGCCGGCGACGUCUGUUCACCGGGCUCGGAAAGCCCUACCAAGUGUCCCGUGGGGUCGUAUUGCCCCUCAGGGGGGUACAUCCCGUUGCCGUGCCCUAAAGGCACGAUAAGCGACAAGAGCGGGCUGCAAAAAAGCAAGGAUUGCGAGAAGUGUCCCGCUGGCAAGUACUGCAAUAAAAUGGGGGCAACCGUACCAACAGGCACCUGCAAAGCUGGUUACUUCUGCGAGAGCGGCGCGACAACGUCGACCCCUGAGAGUUUUCUGUGCCCAGAAAACGCAUUUUGCAUUGACGGUGCAGAAACACCCAGUUCGUGCGAUGACGGCUCCUUUAUUCCGUGGCGUGGCGCUGCCGACCACAACAACUGUGUCCCGUGCCCCGCGGGGAUGUACUGCAAGCGGGUCGAUAGCGGUCCCACGGUUGUCAAGAAAUGCGAUCCUGGUUACUACUGCGAGGCGGGAGCAGCGACGCCGACAGCCAAUGCUGCGCCGGCAGGUAGCUAUGCUCCGGAAGGCAGUGUGCAGGCUUUUAAAUGCCUUCCAGGGACGUUUACUGACGCCACAGCUCAAGCCGAAUGCAAACCGUGUGCUGAAGGGAAGCUCUGCAGCGCUCUGGGAUCAACAAGAGAACUGGACUGCCCGCAAGGCUCGUAUUGCCCAGCAGCGACGACGAAAGCUGUGCACUGCCCUCCAGGCACCUACGGAGCGCGCCUCGGUUUACCGGAUACCUGGUCGUGUACGCCAUGCAGCCCAGGGAAAUACUGUCUCGACAGUGGUCUGAAGACCGACGGCGAAAAUUGUGCGGCAGGAUUUCACUGUUUAGGAGGUAGUUUGAGCAUAGCCCCUCUUACAUCCGAGCAAGGCGGCGGUAUCUGCAGAAAGGGCUAUUAUUGCACAGCAGGGACAAAGCAGCCGGUUGAGUGCCCUCCAGGAAAGUACAAUCCGAAUGAGGGAGCUAGGGAAGAUGCGGAUUGCCUUGAUUGUCCAGCAGGCUCGUACUGUAGUGAUAAAGGAUUAGAGGCUCCAACCGGGACGUGCCUGCAAGGCUUCUUUUGUCCAGCAAAUUCCCAAGCUCCUGACGAAACCCAGAACGUUUGCACGGCUGGGCACUACUGCCCAGAAGGCUCAGAGCGAGCUAAACAGUGUCCAGGGGGAACGUUUCAGGACACAAGCGCAUCUUCGGCCUGCUCUCUCUGUCCAGCCGGCUACGCGUGCCCUCCAGGAAGUUCAACGGGACCGACACUGGACAAGUUGUGUGAUGCGGGUCACUAUUGCCCACCAGGGACAACAACUAAGACCCAGUUUCCUUGCCCUCCAGGCUUUUACAAUCCGAAGACUGGGGCGAGAAGUCUGGACGACUGCCAGCCAUGUCCUCCAGGUCGUUACUGCGACAAAUUUGGGCUUGAUACGGAGGCGGGGAACUGUUCAGAAGGAUUCUAUUGCACUGGCGGAGCGACAAACCCGAAGGGGCAGUAUGAGGCGCAAGAUGCGAAUGAUGGAGCUGGCCGACACGAGACUGGAUGUUUCGAAAUUGACAAAGAAGCAGUAGCGCAGAAGAGUGGGGUAGUUAUCGAGGGUGUCGUCAGUGGCUCGGACUGCAUGACCCGCUGUCAGGGAGACAGUGUCUGCAAAUACUUCUCCUGGAACCCAAGCAAAACGUGUACCUUGAUCACUGGGACGUUUGAACUCGGCAACUGCGCUGGAUGCGUUGCGGGCCCCAAGUCAUGCUCUGCUGAUUGCUUCUUCGCCGCCUACGACUUUAGCGGGACAGUAAUUGCUACAUAUCGGCAGACUCACUCAGCCCAACUCUGUCAGUCACGCUGCGUGACAAACGAUCGAUGCUCGGUCUUUGUAUAUGACGAGGGCAACAUGAUUUGCUACCUCAAGGCUCACGACGCGCUGAGUCACAGAGUCAAGGCGCCUAACGCGAGCUACAUCGCUGGACCCAAUAAAUACUGCGGGUUUGGAGGAACCUUAACGUCGAUUUGCAGAUUUCCUGCGGGUAUCCCAGGAACUGUAAGUCAAGUGUGUACGGGUGUCGAGCAAGGAUAUGCUGACCUUCUGGCGGCAGGGAAGAAGUGCGAGGUCACAGCUGGAUGCAGAGGUAUACAGUAUUUUGAGUCCAAGCGCCUGUACUAUCUUCGGUGUGGCAGCGUCAAUGAAAAGCUCGUUGAAGAUGGCGCAACUUGGUUUCCAAUGGUUUGCGGCGAGAUGGGACUAUGCCCAAAAGGCACUUACUGCCCCCCAGGAUCCGCACGGCCCCUGCUGUGUAGCCCUGGAAAGUACUGCUCUGACGAGGGCUUACCAAAUGAAACGGGUGAUUGCCUCGCAGGCUUUUGGUGCCCGGGAGGCAGUGUAUCAGCGACUCCCACAGAUUCACCGUGCCCCGCGGGGUACUACUGCGCAGAAGGAACAGAAAGUCCUACGCCAUGCCCAGAGGGUACAUUCCGAGCUGAAAGGGGAGCUCGGGAAGAAGGAGAUUGCUCAGCUUGCACACCGGGAUUUUACUGCAAAGGAACCGGACUGAAGGCACCGACGGGCAUGUGUAACAGAGGUUACUCAUGCCCACCGAGGUCGACGAGUCCCACGGAGGCCAUUUGCACCAAGGGACACUAUUGCCCGGCUGGUGCAGCUGAACCGAUUCCGUGUCCGCAAGGGCAGCACCAGCCUAACGAGGGACAGUCAGAGUGUGUAGCGUGCCCCGCAGGUAAAGCUUGCGAAGCUGCGAAGGAACCCGCGGACUGCACAGAAGGCUACUUUUGUCCGGCUGGUACCGUAUUUGCACAUCAAUUUCCCUGCCCGUCAGGGUCGUUUUCCGCUGAGCAGGGCAAUAUAAGCUCGGACGAAUGCCAACCGUGUCCCGAAGGACGAGUUUGCGAUGAGCCAGGGACGUCAACUGCCCAGGUUACGUGCCCUGAAGGUUAUUUUUGUCCGGAGGGAACUGACAGUCAAUACAGUAAUCCGUGUCAGGUGGGUGAAUACUGCCCAGCUGGAGAAAGUGAGCCACAGAUGUGUCCAACAGGAUACUUCUGUGGAGCCGAGCGCUUGGCUCAGCCGUCAGGAGGUUGUUACGCUGGCUUUAUGUGCCUCUCUGGAGCUUCUUCCCCGUCCCCGUUUGAUGGCACUGUCAACGGGGAAUGUACCGAAAAUAUAGAAGGCGGUGAAUGCCCAGCCGGCAAUUUCUGUGUCCCUGGUAAGAAGGAUCGGUAG